AUGUCUUGUGAAGCGUGCCGUAGUAUUCCGCCCGUGACGGCAAAUGGAUACACCCCCCAAGGCCAGUUUGAGAAAAUCGCCGGCCUCAACACCUACGUCACCGGCAAAGCAGAUGCAAAGAUUGGACUCGUAGACAUCUACGAUGUCUUUGGAAUGGCCAGCCAGACCAUCCAAGGUGCGGAUCUGCUCGCAGCGAGGCUGAAUGCAGUGGUGCUCAUCCCGGACUUUUUUGAUGGAGAGCCGCUGAAGCAUGAAUAUGUUCCCGCCAACACCGAGGAGAAGAAACAGAUCAUUGCGGAAUUUAUGGCCCACAAAGCCAAUAUCCCGCGCAACGUUGGUGUGGUGAUCGAGGCCGUUGAGGAAUAUCGCACCCGAUUCUUGUCUGUCCGGAAGUGGGGUGGGUUUGGCCUAUGCUGGGGUGGAAAGGUCACCGUUCUGGCGUCUGGCCCCAACACCCCGUUCGCUGCGUCGGGCCAAGUGCAUCCCGGAAGGGCCGACCCGGCGGAUGCGCAAGCGCUGUACAUUCCUCAUAUCAUGCUGGCCUCUAAAGAUGAGCCCGCUGACGUUAUCGCGGGCUACGCUGACUUCUUUGCCAAGGGCGAGAAGGAAGGAUAUGUUGAAACAUACAGCAAAAUGUGGCAUGGAUGGAUGGGUGCUCGAGCGGAUCUUGAGCAGGAGGAAAGCCGGGCUGAAUACGCUCGUGGGUACAACCAGCUGGCCGACUUUUUUGAGAAGCACCUCUCUUGA